CAAGUCAAGGCCGAGAAAGGACGGAAAUGGCCCCCCAUCAGAUAUGGAGUUGAUGAAGGAGAAGUUCGCAAAGCUUCUUCUCGGUGAAGACAUGUCCGGUGCAGGAACAGGAGUUUCCUCAGCUCUGGCUCUCUCUAAUGCCAUCACAAAUCUUGCAGCUUCUGUUUUCGGAGAGCAGUGGCGCUUGGAACCGAUGUCGGCAGAAAGGAAGGCAAGGUGGAGAAAGGAAAUCGACUGGCUCUUAUCCGUCACCGAUCAUAUUGUGGAGUUUGUUGCCUCCCAGCAGACAUCAGAGGAUGGAAAACACAUGGAGAUAAUGAUAACACAGCAACGGAAAGAUCUUCGCAUGAACAUUCCUGCAUUGAGGAAGCUUGAUGCGAUGCUGAUUGAAUACCUUGACAAUUUCAAGGACCAAAAAGAGUUCUGGUACGUAUCCAGAGAUGCUGAUGAAUCCGAGAAGGGAAACGCACAGAGGACCGAUGAUAAGUGGUGGCUCCCAACCGUGAGAGUCCCUCCGAACGGGUUGUCGGAAGCAUCAAGAAAAUGGAUUCAGCAUCAGAAAGAGCUGGUGAACCAAGUGCUGAAAGCAGCUAUGGCCAUCAACGCGAAUGUUCUAAUGGAAAUGGAGAUUCCGGAAGACUACAUCGAAUCCCUUCCUAAGAACGGUAGAUCAAGCCUCGGAGAUGCACUAUAUAGAAAUAUUACAGAGGAAGACUUUGAUGCCGAAGCGUUCCUUGAAUCCGCGGACUUAUCGACCGAGCACAAGAUCCUAGACCUCAAAGAUCGCAUCGAAGCAUCUGUUGUCAUCUGGAAGAGGAAGAUGCACAACAAAGACGUCAAAUCAUCAUGGGUUUCAGCCGUCAGCUGGGGGAAGCGGGAGCAGUUCGAAGAUAGAGCAGAAACAAUUUUACUCAUUCUCAAGCACAGAUUCCCUGGUAUCCCUCAAUCACAGCUGGACAUAAGCAAGAUCCAAUACAAUAAGGAUGUGGGCUACUCUAUCCUCGAAAGCUACUCGAGGAUUCUCGAAAGUUUAGCUUUCACCGUGAUGUCUCGGAUAGAAGAUGUUCUUCGUGCAGAUUCUCUCGCUCAAGAUCCGGCUCAUGGCAAGUUACUGGAUUCAGAACAAGUUACUGGAACGGCCAAAUCCAUCGUCGAUACAGCGGAGGAAACCGAAAAGCUUAAUAAACUAGAAUCAAACGGUUCCAUGACACUGUCAGAUUUCAUGGAAUGGGAGAUGGAUCAAGAUACUGAGACGAAGGAGGAGGAGGAGGAGGAAUCAGAGACCGGAGGAGGGGCUUAAGCAGCAGCAGCAGCAGCAGCACUACAGCUCGCUUGCCUCUAUUAUAUUAACAAGCCCCACGAGCCAAGGUGGA